GCGGAGGCGACCUCUCCCCACCCCUCCAGAUACGGGGUAAAGCAGAGGGUGCUGUAAUGUGUUUUUAGUACGUUUAGGAGAGGAAGAAAGAAUGGACCAAACUCAGCUGUUGGACUGGGAUACGGAGACCGAUCCUGAAGAUCCUUCUGAUUCUGGGGAGAAUCCCACGCCUGUGGGACGCCUGCACCUUCUGAGCAGCAAGUAUGGGCCUGAGAAAGAUUUUUGGAUCUACCCAGGGAAGAAUGUCAUUGGCCGUCUUGAAAACUGUCAGAUCUGUUUGCCCGCCUCUUCAGUUUCGAAGGCUCAUGCUGUCAUUGAGGUCCCCUCUCCUGAUGGACCCCACCUGUUGUAUGAUCAGAAGAGCAUGAACGGGACCCGGCGCCAGCGUAUGGUGUUGAUCCCGCACGUCCGGUACAGCCUUCAGGAUGGGGACACCUUGCUCUUUGGAGAUGUGGGGUGCCAGUACUUCCUGCUUGUCCCAGAGGGUGCCCCUGAAUCCCCUAAUGACUCCUGGGAGGUGCCACCCACCCAGACAAGUACGGAUGCAAAUGCCCUGGUCAUUGAGGAGACGCCUGCUCCGGGGAGGAAGAUGCGCUUCAGGGGGCUCCUGGUCCAGGAUUCUGGCAGGGAGGAGGAAGAUGAAGAAGUGGUGAAUGGGGUGGGCAAGAUCCUGCAUCUCCCAAGGGAUGAUGGGUCUGGUUCCUUGAUCAAACCCGGUGCCAGAGGACACUGCAGUUUGGCCUCCUCCAUGUUCUUUUCACCCUCGGCUACUGUGGUACCGGAAAGUGAUGAUGAAAGUGGGGAGCCCUCAGAAAGUGGCCCACCUUGUCCCUCCCUGCGUCUGCGCCAUGACAGCGACGAGGCUGAGCCACGAUCUUUAGUGAAUGGUGCUGUUACCCCCGUGAACCAGGAAAGACAUCUUUUACAGCCAGGAAAUGCAGAGGUGAAAACUCUUCCAGACUGUGGAGGACAGCCAGUAGUUAAAGACCAGGAUGCUUCUACACAUCCAAGCGUCACAGACUUCCACCUGGACAGUGACACAGACAUGGAAGAUGAAGACGGAGUGGGUACCGCUUCUGAAAGACCCACAGUGAAGGAUGACCUUGCCCUAGAACUGGGCAGCGACACGGAUGCAGAUGAACCCUUGGUGGUGGAUCCAGAUGUUGGCUCUUCAGACAACCGACAAUUAGCAAAUGCUGUUGACAGUGAUACAGAUAUAGAGGAGGCAGAGGAGAAACCCGGCAUUAUGGGCUUAAAAGCCCACCAAGUCACCGAAAGUGGGGAUAGUGACACGGAUGCAGAGGGGGCAAUAGGCAAUCCAGGUGCUGCAUCUCCUGAAAGCCGGGAGCCCCGUCUCCAACGCAAAGACAGCUGCAAAGGUGAGGAAAAAGCAGAUGGCGAUGCAGAAGGCCAUCGACCUCACGAGGAAGCAGACAGUGACACGGAUGUGGAAGCAGUAGAGGAUCCAGAUGUGGGCUUGAAGAUCCAGCCACCUACUGAAAAUGAGGAUGGUGACACAGAUGUGGAAGAGCCGCCUCUUGGGGUAGAGAAUCGAGAGGGAACUCUGAAGGGUCAUGAGGCUUCUAGGGACUGUGAUACAGGUGUGGAGGGGGCUGAAUCAGAGGCAGACAAAUUAGGUGGGGCUCAUCCCCACAGCCCCCUGCCUGUGAGAAAUAAAGACUGUGAUGCAGACGUGGAGGAGAUCAAGGGGAUCAGGCUUCAGGGCAACAGUGAUAUGGCUGAGCGUGCAAAGGAGGUGAAGAAUACCAGUGGUGAAGCUGAUGGUGAACAGUCCGCAGGCUCGGACAGGAUGGAACCCACUGUAAAUCCUGAGGCUGCAGAGGAACUGACCUCUGUGCCUGCAAAUCAACACCCGCUUACUCUUUCUGUGGAGAGUGAUACAGAUGCGGAGGAAGCUGCUGAGAAUCCCAGGGAGAGCUCAAAGCAAAACCACGAAGCCGCCAGCAACGGUCCCAGUGGAGGAAACGGAGGCAGCCGCUUUGUGAAUCAAGGAGUUGGAUCUAGGGAAGAUGGAGACAGCGAUACAGAUGUGGAAGCAACUCCUCCAUCCCCCAAGACCCAUGACAGUGAUACGGAUGCAGAGGAGGCGACCGCAGCAUCACCGGGGAAACCUUUGGAAGAGCAAGCUACUCAGUUAGUCCCUGUGAGACCUACGGUGCAUGGGGACGAAACGGCUAGCUCUGGAACAGAACUGAAGCUCUGCCGUGAUCCUUCCAAAGAGGAUGAAGAUACAGAUGCUGAAGGAAAUGAGUCCCAGCCAGGGGAUGAGAGCAACACAGACAAUGAAGAUGAUUCUGACCUGGCGAUCCAGGCAACACAGUGUUACUUGCCCACCGUGACCUCCUCUCCCAAAGUUGAAAAGGCUAGAGAUACUGCAGCAGCAGACUCCAGACGCGCCCUGGAAGAGGAGGCCACUCAGGCAUUUGUCUUUCGAGCCCCCUUGGGGUUGGCCAAGUUCCAGCCUGGGAAAACCUGCAGCUCUCCUGUGAAAGAUGAUGAUCCAGAUAUUUACAUGCUGGAAGCUACUCAGCCGUUCUGCAAGGGGCCUGCAACCCUGGCGGAAGAGCCUACGCAGGCCUUCAUCACUGAACAGGAGGAAGAUACAGAACUGUUUGUCCAAUGCCCCCUUGAAGGGGAGGACUUCUCUAAACAGGCUACGCAGCCUUUUGUUCCAAUCUCAUCCAGUAGCGGUCAGCAGGACUCCAGUGUCCCCAGAGACACGACCCAACCCCACUCCAUAGAAGUGUCCUGUCCUGAGCCCAGCUCACAGCCAGCAGGGGGCACUGCAGCAGAGGAACUCCACAAGGAAGAUGAAAUUCAAACGGUUCGCUCAGUUCAAGUUUCCCCUUCUGUCAGUGGUCAGCCCUUGGCACCACCAGAGGUGGAGAAGGCUUCGAGGAGCAAGGAGCAGGCGUGUGCUGCAUUUCCUGAAGCUGAAGUCGCUGCAGAACUGUCACAGCCUCAGGGAGGGGCAGGCCGCAUUGAAGGUGGGCCAGAACGAAGGCACUCAGAACUGGCAGCAGGAGCAAGGGAUGCUGAGCAGUUGCCAGAGCAUGCCACGGAGCAGCCUUCCAAACCAGUAGCUUUUGUCUCUGAGCGGCGGCGCAGCCUGCGGUCGUCCGCUGUCCCCUCCCCGUCUCCCCUCCCUGAAAGACGCAGCAGCCGCCUCCGUGGCCAGGUGGGAUCUGCAGACACAAAUAGCUCCAGUGAGCCAGUUGCUCCCUUGGCUAGAUUCAGGGGGCGGCAGCAACUCAGAGGUCCCACGCAGGAUAUGAAAAAGGAGGAAGAGCCCAGGGCAGAGGAAGCAAGCCUCAGGAAGACACCCAGCAAGGGGGAAUCAGCAGUUACUGCGUGGCAAGGCAGACUCAGGCGCACACAACAGGGAUCCCAAUCUGCCACUAAGCCCGAGAAAGAACUGGCAGCAGCUGCCAGCAGCCCUGCGACCAAGGAGCCAGUGAGGGCCAGGAAACGGAGAGCGCCAACAGCCGAGCCUGUGGAAGAUGAUCAGCAGCCGGAACGCCGUCAGACCCGGUCCAGCAGGCAGUCGGGGGGCACUUCAGUGAUGACACCAAGCCCAAAGGAUUCUGGGAAACGCACUAAAGUUGGCCAGGAGCCAGCACAGUCCACUCCAUCUUCAGGGAAGAGGUCACAGCAUCCGAGCACGGAAAGGAAGCCAGUUGCAACAACCCGGAACCGAUCCCACAGUUCAGCAGCUUCUGCAAUUCCUGCACCAAAGGUGCUGUUCACAGGGGUGAUUGACGAGGAGGGGGAGCAUGUGGUCACAGAGCUGGGGGGCUCUUUAGCAGGGUCUGUCUUCGACUGCACCCACCUUGUGACGGAUCGCGUGCGCCGCACAGUCAAGUUCCUGUGUGCCCUGGCUCGAGGCGUUCCCAUCGUUACCCUUGACUGGCUGGAGAAGAGCAGGCGAAACUCCUUUUUCCUGGCUCCCAGCAGCUUCCUCGUUCGUGACCCUGAGCAGGAGAAGACCUUCCAGUUCAGCCUCGCAGCGUCCCUGCAGAAAGCCCGGCAAAAGGGAGGCCUGCUUCAGGGUUAUGAACUCCACGUCACUCCUAGCGUCAAGCCGGAACCCGAGCACAUGAGAGACAUUAUUAAAUGCAGCGGGGGGACCUUCUUACCCAGAAUGCCUCGAGCCUACAAGGACAAACGUGUUGUCAUCUCCUGUACUGAGGACCUGCCGCGCUGCAAACCAGCACAGGAUGCCGGAGUUCCCAUCGCCAACUCAGAGUUCAUCCUGACAGGCAUACUGCAGCAGAAGGCUGACUUAGAUGCCCAUCGCCUGGAUGGAGUGGGUGCCUCUUCCCUCGAUAGUCCCACUGCUUCCAUAACUAGAGCCAGCAAGAGGAGAGCUGUGGCGCCCACUGCCCCAGCCCCACCCAACACAGCAAAAAGACGGCGCUGAUGCUGCUACGUGGUUCAUAAUCUGGAGUCACUGCCUUAAAUUUGUAAAUAGCAUUUUUUUUACCGUUAAUAAAAGCUGGGUAUAAAAAAAGCUGGGUUUUUUUGUAAGCAGGGUUUUGGGGGAAGAAGGAAUUGUGUUGUGUGUAAAA